UCGGAGACCGGCUAAGCGGUUGUGGCUUAGGCUAGCCAGUGGAGUCUUGUCAUCGUCAUCAACCGAGCUGCAAGCACGAGGGUUCUUCAUCCAACGAACGAUGCAUCUAAAGACGCAGUCCUUUCUGGUCCUUUGCUUUCUUUCGCAACCAUGAUACUUAAUCAGAUAUCAUAUUUGGAUUGUGUUGCCUUUCUGGUCUUCCUUGCACCUCAAUUGCUGGUUCAAAUUGGCCUGUUUCCCAUCCUCAAAUGGCUAAUUCCAGCUCUGCCGUUCAUAGUGUAUGAAGCCUUGGUCAUUCCAUAUCAAUUUGUUCGCGAACGAUACUUUCUCCCAUUUGAGAGACGCAGCCCAUUUGUGAGGAAGGCGACACCUUUCCAGGACUUCGUUAUCAGAUGUGUUCGCUAUGCAUUUGCGAAUAUGCCAGCCUCCAUUGGCCGCGUGUUCUUUUCGAAGGGUGUCUCGUUGCCUUUCCUGCGAUUCCGAAUGCUACGACAUGGCAUUGUCACAAGUCCGAUCAGGUGGACUGAGGUCAAGAGGCCUGACUUCAGAGGUGUUCUGAUCAAGCACAAUCAGCAAGAGCAGCCUGAUAUCAUCGUCUACUACGCUCAUGGCGGCGGCUUCUCGAUGGGCAGUUCUUACUUUUACAUGGAGUUCCUGCUCGCAUGGGUUGCGCUCCUCAAGGCUGCUGGCUACAGAAAUCCUGCUCUCUUUGCCCUGGAAUACACCUUGGUUCCUGAUGCAACAUACCCAACCCAGCUUCACGAGACGCUGGCCGGCUACAGAUACGUGCUAUCGCUUGCCCAGUCCUCAACUAGAGUGGUCGUUGGUGGUGACUCUGCUGGGGCGACCCUCAUGCUGAGCUUCUUGCUCUAUUUGACAGAGCAUGCAGAGUUCAGGCACCAGCGACCUGGAUUGGCGGUCAUGAUCAGCCCAUGGGUCACCAUCGUUUCGAAGAACAACCGCAACACUGCAUCAGACUUUCUUAACGAUAACUCUCUUGAACUGUACGGUCGCCAAUACAUCGGGAAAAAAGCAUCAGCGAACGAUCCCAUGGUGUCACCAGGCCACUGCAAAGAUACCAAGAAAUGGACCGAAGCAUCACCGGAGGAGGGCUGGUACUUCCUGUACGGCAGCGAAGAAGUGCUUGGCCCUGAGACCAGGGAGUUGAUCAGCCUUUUAAGAAGUACUGGCACGCAUGUGGAUGAGUGGGAAGACCAAGGCGGCAUUCAUGCGUGGCCUGUUGCAAGUUUGUAUCUAGGCAAAAGCAGAGACGAACGACUUGGUGGACUGCAAAGCAUCGUUGGAGCUAUCAAGCACAGGAUACUAUGAUGACAACACCACUCAGU